AUGAUGAAGAAUUGGUCGCUACUUUUAUUUCUCUUCGCUCUCCCCUUCAAUGUACUUGCCGGCAAGUUCAGCGAACCCUCUCUACGUGCUCGACAUUUGGGCCAUGCUCGCAAACUUCAAAGUCGCAAUAACACUGGAUCCUGUCAACCGCAACCUUUCAAACUACAGGACUUUUAUCAGGGCAACUCCUUCUUGAAUGAUUGGGAGUUCUUUUCUGGAGAAGAUCCUACGCAUGGCAAUGUCAACUACCAGACGCGAGAGAACGCUAUCAACAAAGGUUUAGCCUAUGUGCAGCAGGAUGGUGCAGCAGUCCUCGCUGUUGAUGAUUACUCGACUGUCCCUGUGAACGGUAGAAGGGAUUCGGUUCGCAUCUUCUCCAAAAAGUCGUAUAGCAACGGGCUGUUCAUUGCCGAUUUCUUCACUAUGCCUCACGGGUGCAGCGUUUGGCCUGCAUAUUGGUCGUUUGGCCCCAACUGGCCAUCUGCAGGGGAAAUCGACGUCUUGGAAGGAGUCCAUAAUCAGCUUACCAAUCAAAUGAGCCUGCACACCUCCGCAGGCUGUUCAUUGCCUUCCAAGCUCAGUCAAACUGAGGCGACCUCAAACAUCCUCCACACGGAAUGUGUUAGUAGUGGAGAGAGCAACAUCGGAUGCAGCUUUUCCGAUACCGACCCCCAAAGCUACGGUCAUAACUUCAACGUUGCUGGUGGUGGCGUGUUUGCCCAUCUGUGGGAUAACACAGGUAUCAAAAUCUGGCGUUUCUCUCGUGGCAACAUCCCUGCCGAUAUCACCUCCAAGAAUCCCAAUCCUGCAUCCUGGGGUGUUCCCGCGGCAAACUUCCCAUCCUCCUCCUGCGAUAUUGCUUCCCACUUCUUUGAGCACAAUCUAGUGAUAAACACUUCAAUUUGCGGAGAUUUCGCCGGUGCUACAUAUCCUACAUCAGGAUGCCCUGGGACAUGUGGGGAAGCAGUUGCGAAUGCUACCAACUUCCAAUGCGUGAUAAGAUUCGCUGUGAUGGCGCAAGACCCUGCGGAGGAUGCGCGAAAAAGGGGUAUGCGGCGGAAGAGUGCACCGAAGGCUGUGAUUCAUGCAGACGCGCAAGAGUUCGAUGCGAAGGCAGUCCACCGUGUCGGCGAUGUCUAG